GGAGGGACGGGGAGCAUGGUUUGUGUUGCACAUUAUAGUGUAGUAGGAACGUUGGUUUGUGGUCUAGUGUCUUUUUGCAGCAGCUCACAUUGUGAAUUUAGUAGGAGAUCACAAAUGGUAGCAAAGGUCAGUCACUUUUUCUCAUUUUACACACACUUAUUGCACUAAAACUAGCAAAACUUAGAACGAAAAACCUUGAAAAGCCUGUGCGGACGACCAACAGAUUGAUGUAGGUCACAGGAUCCACCACGGUGGACAUUGAUCUCUGUGCUUCAGCUGUAUCAGACUGAAAGCAGGUCACUGAUUUCCUAAACAGUGAAACUGUCAAUUCCUCCUCCGGCCGUGAGCGCUAAAUGAGUGCAUAAUUAGAACUAUGGACCAUGGCUGGAGAGCAUUGGUAGAAUGAUACCAAAGUACUAAAAACUAAUAAUAGAACAACAGACUUUUAUCAAGUUGUGAGUCAUUUCCAGUUGUCAUAGUAACGUGUAACAAAAUUUGAGCCUAUGUGCAUCAUGCAUAAUGUUAACUGCCCUGCAGUGGUGCGUUCCUGAGGCUGCCUGUGACACAGAGCAGGACGAUAGAGGAGCUAGCAACACUGAACAGUAAUGUAGUGGCAGGAGGCCCAAUUGGACCUACAACUCAGUAUCAGACCGUGGAAACAACUGCCCUCAAAAUGCCAUUAUGCAUCGCUCAGUCAUCUUGGUGGUUGCACUGUCUCAGCUCAGCAUACCAUUUCCUGUGGUAAAUGGUAUGUUCUUCAUAUGCUACUGCUUUGCUUUCUACAUAAUUUAAUAUUUUUUUAUUUUUUCAUCCUUGUUUCUUGUCCUCAUCUGUCUUGCCUGAACACAUCAUGGCUCCUGGCUCUUUUGUACUUUCCUUCUCAUUCCUUUCCCGACUUGUUGCUCUGUCUAACCCUUAAUAACCCUCCCCACGCGUGUGUUUCCUUCCGGUCGGAGAUUGCAGAGUGCACUAUAGCCCCAGUUGCAAUGGAGGACAGUGAUCAUGAGGUUCAGUCUUCAUCAGACGAGUGUGACUCCUGCCCUGCCUCCCCAAACCAAAGCAGGCGCGCUGAUCCUGAGCAGCAGUCGAGCCAUUCAGAUGACUCAGAGGUGGAGAACAUUAUGCAAGACCCUCAGCAACACGGAGGGCAUGGCCACCACCAACUUGACCACAAGCACCCCCACCAUCAUGGGCACGAGCCUCAUGAUGAAGACAGGGAAGCAGAGGGCCACGACCGCCCCCAAACCCCGUCUUAUUUGCGCCCUCCUGUGGCAAGUAGCGUGCAGUCUGAUCCCGGGUCAGACCCCAGUUUGCCGCAGAGCAGAAGCGUGGAGUUUGACUUGCCAACACUUGUCAGUCCUUCGAGGCCCAAGAGCCCCUGGGGUCGAUUUGACCCAUACAACAACAAUGAGGACCAGGACAAGGAGUAUGUGGGUUUUGCGACACUGCCGAACCAGGUGCACCGGAAGUCGGUCAAGAAAGGCUUUGACUUCACGCUCAUGGUUGCAGGGGAGUCUGGCCUGGGAAAGUCCACCCUGGUGAAUAGUCUGUUUCUCACAGACCUGUACAAAGAUAGGAAGCUGCUCAAUGCUGAAGAGCGAAUCACACAAACAGUAGAAAUCACCAAACACACAGUGGAUAUAGAAGAGAAAGGGGUUAAACUGAAGCUGACCAUUGUGGACACGCCUGGCUUUGGAGAUGCUGUCAACAACACUGAAUGCUGGAAGUCGGUGGCCGACUACAUCGACCAGCAGUUUGAGCAGUACUUCAGGGACGAGAGCGGCCUCAACCGCAAGAACAUCCAGGACAACCGCGUGCACUGCUGCCUCUACUUCAUCUCGCCCUUCGGCCACGGCCUUCGGCCUUUGGAUGUGGAAUUCAUGAAGGCUCUGCAUGAGAAGGUCAACAUCGUCCCUGUUCUGGCCAAAGCUGACACUCUCACCCCCACUGAGGUCAAGAGAAAGAAAAUCAAGAUCAGAGAGGAGAUUGAACAGUAUGGUAUCAAGAUAUACCAGUUCCCUGACUGUGACUCUGAUGAGGACGAGGACUUCAAGCAACAGGACCUUCAGCUGAAGGAAAGCAUUCCCUUUGCAGUAAUUGGCAGCAACACGGUGGUGGAGGCCAAAGGAAAGCGGGUGCGAGGCCGCCUGUACCCCUGGGGCAUCGUAGAAGUGGAGAACUCGGCACACUGUGACUUUGUGAAGCUGAGGAACAUGCUGGUCCGCACACACAUGCAAGAUCUCAAAGAUGUGACCCGCGAGACGCACUACGAGAACUACAGAGCCCAGUGCAUUCAGAGCAUGACCCGCAUGGUCGUAAAGGAGCGCAACCGCAAUAAACUGACCAGGGAGAGCGGCACGGACUUCCCCAUCCCCGUGGUGCCCGGAGUGGCGGACGAGACGGAAAAGCUCAUCCGAGAGAAAGACGAGGAGCUGCGGCGGAUGCAGGAGAUGCUCCAGAGGAUCCAGGAUCAAAUGCACACUCAGAAAGACGCCUACUAGCGCACGACACCCGUCACACUCUGUAAAUGUCUCUCUGUCACUGGGAUAAAACCAACAUGUCCACCCAAACACCACACAACCUCAUUAAUGAGCAUGAUCCACAUGGACCAGGGACCCAGGAGGAGGCGGUAAGGUGUGACCACUCCCUUCAUCCUCUCCAGAACAUCUGUCAUACCUCUUUCACUCUACUCUCUCUGUUCUUUUGUUUUUGUUUGGAUUAAUCAUUCACUAGUUUAAGGGUUAGUUCACGAGUCUAAACUUUACUUAGCCACACGAUCACGGGGUUGGUUUAAGGUUUUAAUGGUCUGAUAUGAGGUUUACGUCUAAUUACUGGUGACCUGCUCCAAUUUUUAAGUACGUCUUUCUGGUGCAAGUGUGUAUUGUUGCUGUAUGUCAACAUGAUUAUAUACUUUUUUUAUAAUUUAAUUUUCUAUAUUCCACAAACCUUUUUUCUGUUUAUUGAUUCUUUGCAUUAUUUAUCUAAGUGGCUUGUCAUUAUUGAUGGAUGACCGAUUCAUGAUUUUAUGAAGACGUCCCUUUGGCUGAGGUUCCUGUUCAUUAGGUUGAUCUUUUUAUGAAGAAUUGAUUAGUUUUAUUUACUUCUGUUAUGUUUACUCAGUGUGUUUAUCAUAGCUGCCACCUCCACUGCCUGACAGCAUGGACGUUAGUGGUGCUGCUCAGUGUCGGCCAGUCACAACUGCCUCCUGAACGUUUAAAAUGAUCUAGAAAUGUGUGACAGAGACGUCCUCACAUUCACAGAAGAGUUGAUCAUCUUAUAAGUGACAUAUCAUGACAGACGCAUCAACACCUGGCAUGUGGUUGACUUGAGAAGACACGAGCCCUUAUUUGAAUGAUGUGAGCCCCACACGCUAUGCAGUGUAUUUAUUUUUUUUGUGAAGGUUAUUGGAUCAUUUACGUGAUUAUGAGGUUGUUUAUAUAAAUGGAAAUAUGUAGCUACUCAGUCGUCCGCAAAAACCUAUUGGAUGGAUUUAGUUUUAAUGUUGACGGUAUGUUCACCUCAGAGAAAGCCUGAUGUUGGACAUGUGCUAACCUUCAUGUUUAAUUUACCACCGAAGCCAAAAACAAGGAACCUAAUCGCCCUAAGUUGAUUAAAUGUGACUUUUGUUUUUAUAUUGACAGGAAGAACAUUGUUUUGGAAAAUAGUUUCAAAGACAAGAAUUAUACGAGUUCCUGAGUUAACUUGAUUUUCUUUCUGAUUGUUUUAAAAAAUGUUUUAUUGGAUUUAUCAGCCUUUGUUAAUUAGUUUCUGCCAUGUUAAAAACACAUUCCCUGAGCUUCUGUCCCAGAGUCAGGCAUUGCUUUUGUUUGUUUUAUAUCAAAUUUGUUAUUCUAUGUUAUGGAGUAUAUUUAUGUAAUAAAUGAAACACAAAUGAAGAGGAACAUUUGUAUAAUUUCUAAUAUUGCAAUAAAAUACAAGUAUAAUUUCA